UCUAUAUGAAGCUCAUCCACCUUAACAGUGUUCCACGCCAUUGACUAAAUCACUCACACAGAAUAAAAAGUCUCCUAGAAUUAAGUAUCCCCAAAUCUUAAUCCUAGUAUUAAGAACAGGAUGGAUGUUCAACUCAAGAUUUAAGAACAAGAAAUUUUCUUGUAUUUUUUCCCAAACUUGUACACGAAAGCCCUAUUUUGCGUGUGUUCGUAGUUCCUCCUCCAGACUGUUGUAAGAACAAGGUGGUUGUUUGACUCAAGGUUUUUCCUCAAGGAAGAAAUCAUGGCUUUGGAGGUGGUAGGUGGAGCUGUUAUGUCCGCUUUCCUUCAGGCGGUAUUCGAAAAGAUGGCUUCUCCGGAGGUCAGGGAGUUCAUCAAAGGAAAGAAACUGACGCAGGGAUUACUGAACAAGUUAGAGAUCAUGUUAUUGUCCGUUAAUGUUGUUCUUGAUGAUGCUGAGGAGAAGCAGAUAAGUAAUUCAGCUGUGAAGCAGUGGCUUGAGAAGCUUAAAGAGUCAGUCUAUGAUGCUGAUGACCUUUUGGACGAGAUCAAGACAGAAGCGUUAAGCCGCAAGCUGGAAGUUGAAGCUGCUGGCAGUAGCACAAGUCAGGUACAAGAACGCAUCUCUUCCUCGCAUCAUGCUUUUGACAAAUCGGUACUCCCUAAGAUACAUGAAGUUGUUGAUAGACUAGGCAUCAUCUCACAACAAAAAGAUGUCCUUAAUUUGAAAGCACAUUCCAGCAACAAAACAUCACACACACUGCCUUCAACUUCUUUGGUAGAAGAGUCUGGUGUGUAUGGACGGAAUGAGGACAAGGAAGCUAUCGUUAAAUUAUUAUUGAUGGAUGAUGUGAAUGACAAUAAAACAAAUGUUAUUCCUGUUGUUGGCAUGGGUGGGAUCGGGAAGACCACCCUUGCUCAGCUCAUAUACAACGAUGAUAGAGCGAAACAACAUUUUGAUAUUCAAGCAUGGGUGUGUGUCUCGGAAGACUUUGAUGUGGUUAGUGUAACACAGAAAAUUUAUAGGUCGGUCACUUCAAGAACUUGUGAUAUGAAUGACCUAAAUCAGCUUCAAGUUGAACUCAAGGAAGCUUUGAAAGGAAAGAAGUUCCUUCUUGUCCUUGAUGAUGUUUGGAACGAAAAUUAUCUUCACUGGGAUCUGUUAAGGUGCCCUUUUGAGUCUGGUGAACAUGGAAGUAAAAUCAUUGUGACUACACGCAAUGGAGGUGUUGCAUCUGUAAUGGGUACUCUUCCAACUUACUGUCUAAUGCCAUUAUCCGAGGAUGAUUGUUGGUUGUUAUUCGUAAAACAUGUGUUCAAAAAUGGAGGAGUGAGUGGACACCCAAUUCUUGAAGUAAGUGGAAGACAAAUCGUCAGAAAGUGUAAAGGUCUUCCUUUAGCUGCGAAAGCACUUGCAGGCCUUUUACGAUCUAAGUUAAAUGUGGAGGACUGGGAAAAGAUAUUGAAGAGUGACAUAUGGGAUAAGUCAACUAAAGAGAGUAACAUUCUGCCAGCUCUAUGGUUGAGCUACCAUUAUCUUUCUCCACAUCUCAAACGUUGUUUUGCAUAUUCUUCGAUAUUUCCCAAAGAUUAUGAAUUCAAGAAAUCAGAAUUGGUACUUUUAUGGAUGGCAGAAGAUCUCUUACAACCUGAAGCAAAUGAAAGGGCGGAAGAAGUUGGAGAGGAAUACUUCGAUGAUCUAAUCUCAAGGUCAUUUUUUCAACAUGUAUCAACUGAAGAUGGGGAGUCGUUUUUCACCAUGCACGACCUAAUCAAUGAUUUGGCAAAGUUUGUAUCCGGAGACUUUUGUGUUAGGCUGGAGAAGAAUGUCUCGGUGAACAUUGUGAGCAAGGCCCGUCACUUUUCAUAUAUGAAAACACAUGAUCCUGGUUUUGAAAAAUUUGACGCCAAACAUUUGCGUACCUUCCUACCAUUAUCAUUAUCGUAUGAUUCUUUUUCAGUGAUGGGCAAGGUUCUAUAUGAUUUAUUGCCAACCCUACAAUGUUUGAGAGCGCUCAGUUUAUCGGGAUAUGAUGUCACAGAGUUGCCUAAUUCAGUUGGCAACUUAAAACAUCUCAGGUACUUGAACUUGUCAAAUACCUUAAUCGAAAUGUUACCUGAUACAUUGUGUUCUUUGUAUAACUUACAGACGUUGUUGCUGUCACAUUGUCAAGCUCUUGUUCAGUUGCCAAGCAACUUGAGAAAACUAAUCAAAUUGCGCCAUCUUGAUAUCAGAGGUACAAAGUUAAGAAAGAUGCCACCGCAGAUGGAUACAUUGAAAGAUCUGCAAACAUUAAGUGAUUUUUUCUUAGACGAAGAUACUGGACAUAACAUUGUAGAGUUAAAAGAGCUUCCGAAUUUGCAUGGAAAACUUUGUAUUUCAGGGCUUCAUAAUGUUGCGCAGGUUGGGGAUGUCAUGAAUGCAAAUAUCAAGGACAAGAAGCAUCUGAAUGAACUAGUUCUCAAAUGGGGAGCUGAUAGUAACAAUUCACAGAAGGAUAGAGAAAUGCUUGGCAACCUCCAACCUCACACAAAUGUUAAAAAGCUAACUAUCGACUCUUAUGGAGGUACAAGUUUUCCAAGUUGGCUGGCAGAACUAGUUUUUCUUAGACUUGUGAAUUGUCGAUACUGUUUCAUGUUGCCACCACUACCCUCCCUCAAGGAACUUUUUAUUGAAGGGUUAAAUGGUUUGGUGUCUCUGGGCCCUGAGUUUUAUGGUGAUGAUACAAGUGGAACGAAGCCAUUUAGUUCUCUACAAAUUUUGGAAUUCUGCAAUAUGCAGGAGUGGCAUGAGUGGUCAUAUAACGAAGAAGGUAAAGAAGCUUUUCCUAAACUUUGCCAGCUUCGUCUGUUGGAAUGUCCUAAGCUAACCCGGAUAUUACCUUUGGACUACUUUCCAAAGCUGGAAACACUCGAAAUGCGCUCAGCUAACGUAGAAUUCCUUACUAUUUCACAAGAAUCAAAACUCUUAUCCAUCAGUAAACUGGAUAUAUAUUUUUGUCCAAAUUUUGUAUGUUUUUCCAAUGGAGGGCUGCAUGCACCACACUUGACCAAGAUCAGUAUUUGGGGAUGCAAAAAACUGAGGUCGCUGCCAGAACAGAUGCACACGCUUCUCCCUUCUCUUCGUAACUUGUGGAUAGUGGAUUGUCCAGAGCUGGAAUCGUUUCCAGAAGGGGGAUUGCCUUCAGAAUUAAGUUCACUUUAUAUCCGUUCUUGCAAGAAACUCAUUGCAAACCGUAUGCAGUGGGGUCUGGGAAGACUCACCUCUCUCGUAGAUUUGGCACUGAGCUUUGAAGAAUGUGAAGAAGUGGGUGCAUUUCCAGAGGAGGGGCUGCUGCCCCCGUCUUUGACCACUCUCUCCAUCAUAGAUAUGUCGAAUCUUAAGACCAUGGACGGAAAGGGAUUGAGACAACUUAUCUGUCUUGAAAGACUGACAAUAUGGCGGUGUCCUGAGCUCCAGUACUUGCCGGUUGAAGGGCUACCCGCCUCUCUUUCUCAUCUAAGCAUCAGGAGUUGCCCUUUGUUAAUACUACGGUGCCAGAGACAGACAGGGGAAGAUUGGACCAAGAUUGCUCACAUCCCCAACAUAGAGAUUGAAUGGGAAGAGAUAUGACGUCUUCUUAUGAUGCUUGAGUUGUUUGCAACUAUUUCAUCGUAUGGCACUUCAGAAGUACAUCACUGUUGGAUAAGGUGUGUUUCAACUCUCACCUCUCUAGUCUCCUGAAAUUAUGCAUCAGUGACCGUUGGAUUGCACGCGGCUGUUUUCAGUUUCAAGAUUCUCUCUUCAAGUCACUGCCAGAGGAAUGUCGAAGUUGGAAAGGGGAUGUUCGACCUCCGGUUGCUUGCGUUCCAGGCGUAGAAAUCCGUUGGUCGCAUUUCUGGUUGCGAUAACGGUCCAAUUUUCUGUGUUUACAAGCUCAAAUUCAACAGGGCAUUGCAACCUUUGCUUCCAACUUCUUUGUCAUGGUGAAAUAUACUGAACAUAGGAAAGUACAAGGAACUCUUAAUCUUCCAGUAGUUCUCUCCAGUGAAAAUUGGACGGCUAAGAUCACUGCUUUUCGAUAUAGACAUUUUUAAUCAAUAUUAUUUUAAAUAAAUAAUUUUUAUUAGCUAA